AUGAAUACUUCGUUCAAGCCUAAGGAAAAGUUGAGCUUGUUAGAUCGGCUUAAAAAAUGCAGAUGGCUAUCGCUCCAAUGCCGCAGGGCAUUGGCAGUUGAAAAGCCCCCUCUUUGCCGCAAUACAGUUUCUAUAGAAUAUUUAAGCACGCCAGAUGUUCGCAUCCACAUCGUCGAGCUUGCUAGAUCUUCUGUUCCAGCACUUGACAUCAAAGAGAGUGAAGGCAGGCUAGCAAAACUCAAGCGCCGUGCUCACCUUUUGUUCCGGCGGAAAGAUAACAAUGCUCGCGCCGCGGUGGGAGAUGAAAUCAAUGCCUUGGGUGGCCAUGGUGAUUCCCAGACGCCAGCACUUACGGAGAAGUCAAAUCGCAGAGCCCACUUCCCGUUUCUCCGCAAAUUCUUCAGAUCCCAGACAGCAGCCGAGGUCAAGCCGCCAAACACAUCCUCAUCCAUUGACUACGUCCAAAAACCUCUAUUACAUCAAAGUUCACUUUGCUCUUCUAUCGUCCGAAAAUUUUCUCCUUCAGCAGCCUCUACAGCUGAGAUGGAUCUGAGUGACUGGGCCCCCUUGACUACCUUUCCUAAAAGCCGUCCCUCCGGCGCAAAACAAAUGGAGACCUGGCAGAUUUCGCCUGCACCCACCCGUGUCAUAUCCCGGCCCUCUGGCAGUGGGCGCAAUAUUGAACUUGGGCGUGUGCAACUAGCGCCACUGGAGCGGAAAUAUCGCAAAAACCGGCGUACUGAGUGCCCUGUAACGAACUGGCUGGAUGGGUUACCUAACGAACAACCCAGAAUCCGUCGGAUGGCGAGUGUAGAUAAUUUACACGAACUGAUGACAUCCCAUUCGUCGUAG